CAUCCAUCCCAAAAUUAUUGCCCAGCCCACCCCAAGAAUUUGCGAAGAAACGGAAGAAGUGAAGAACGCAGGCCGAAGAGACGAAUCUGUGAGCUGCCACGAAGACACGAACACCGGGCACCAGCCCACUUGCGGCCAGCAUUCGCGCCGCCGUCCACGCGUCCAGGGCCCUGCGCCUCUGAGUCGACCGUCUUCCCUCUCCGGAUCUCCUCUCCGAAUCCGCGCCUGGGACCUGCGGUUCUGCCUCCAGCUCUAGGUGAGCAGUAUCUAGAAAAUGCAGGGGCUUUGGAAAGUUCGCCGUCUGGUUAGGGUUCUGAGGGAUAGAUCUUCAAUUCUAUCCAACUCUGAACAACUUCACACCAUUGAAGUUUCUCGUUUCUCUCUGCAAAGGCACUGCCAACACACCAAUCUGGUUUCUCCAUCCUACACAGGCAUGUCUGGAAAUCCUAUGCAGAUGAUAUCAAAAUACCCAAGAGAAUUAGUGUUAUCUUUGAAAUGCCAUGUGUUGCAGAGGUCCUCAUAUUCUUCUGAAACAACUGAUGCUGGAAAUGGUUCUACAGAAACUGUGAAGGGAAUAUAUGAGAAGAUUCUGAAAUCUAUUGUGGAACAAAGAUCAGCUCCUCCAAAUGCUUUCCUAUGGUCACUUAUUGAAAAAUGUUCAAACCAAGAAGAUAUUAUUCUCCUAUUUGACGUCUUGAAGAGACUUAGAAUAUUUAGACUUUCAAAUCUUCGAAUCCAUGAAAAUUUCAACUGUGCACUCUGCCAGGAAGUUACAAAGGCGUGCAUACGAGUAGGCGCCAUUCAGUUUGGUAAAAAAGCAUUAUUUAAGCACAAUGUGUAUGGAUUAAGUCCUAAUAUUGGAUCUGCCCACCAUUUGUUGAUGUAUGCGAAACAGCAUAACGAUGUUGAUCUCAUGGUAGAUACUAUGAAACUUGUGUUGAAGAAUGAUUUACCUCUACAAGCAGGUACAGCAGAUUUGGUUUUCAGCAUUUGCUACAACAAUGACAAUUGGGAGUUAAUGUGUAAAUAUGGAAAAAGGUUUGUCAAAGGAGGAGUCAGGUUGCGUCAAGGUUCCUUUGACUUGUGGAUGGAAUGUGCUGCUAAAAUGGGAGAUGUUGAUUCUCUUUGGAAGAUUGAGAAGACAAGAUCAGAAUCCAUGAACCGCCACACCAUUUCCAGUGCUUUUUCAUGUGCUAAGGGUUUCUUGAUUGAUUGCAAACCAGAAGAAGCCGCCGCUAUAAUUCAAGUGUUUUAUGAGAAUUCACCUGAGUCUAAGAGGCAAGCCGUUAUGGCUGAACUUCAGAAGCUAGUAAAUGAAUGGCCUGUUGAAGUUAUAAAGCAUCAACAAGAGAGCAGAAAGGAAUUGGCUGGAACUCUACAAAAGAGCAUUCCAGCCAUGAUCAAUGCACUAUCAAACAUUGGUGCAAAGUUGGAGGUAGAUGUGGAUAACCUGACCUAGACUUGACAGGAGAAGGUAUCAAAUUUGAUUAUGAGGUCAUACCAACAUCUCACGUCCUCUACGUCCUAUUCAUGUGAUGGAAAGUGGGAGGUAUCUGAAAAUUGCAUCUGAUCCACCAUUCUUCAUCACCAAUAGAAGAAAAAAGAACUCUUUGGCUUCCACCUGACAUAACAUAACAUUUGUCAUUGUUAGGUUUCUUGUUUUAGAGGCUUGUAUCAUUCUGAUAAGCCUCCUUCCAGUUUUUACCAUGAAAGCUUUUGCGGCAAAGCAAUCUGGUCAGGUGAUUGGCAGGACUAUAGUAGUUCAAUGGUUUUCGUGAAAUCAAACCCUGCUCUUCCCUUUUAAACAUCAAUUCUAAGAAUAAUGUCCAUUUGAUUACAUUUUCAAUCAUGUAGCAUGCUUAUUUCUAUACCGUCUUCAAGUUUUAAAAUUCUGCAAUGCUUUACAAUUUUGGCCUCAAGUAUGUUGAUGUUAUAGUUGUGGUUACCAAGCUCUCUGGUUCCAGAUCCUUGAAAAAACUGAACUGAAUCGAACAAAUCAAGUUUAUUUUAUGUGUUCA